UGCAUAUGCCAGAAACGAUUUCCCUGAAACACGACCGCGGCUUUUCUGUCUUCCUUGAGAGAGAGAGAGAAAGAGAGAGAGUUUGAUUCCACCAAUCUAGAGAGAGAAACUACUCAGACGAAACCACGACCAAACCCCUCUCUGCCGCCUCUCCCCUCUCCCCUCUCUCUGUCAUCUCUCGCAUGUAACACGCACACACACACACAUAUAUAUAUAUAUAACUCUAUAUAUAGGCAGGGAGGAGGCUGUAGUAUAUACAAUGCUGGUUUCAUCGUGAGAUCUCACCGGCGGCGACUUUCAUCUCCUCCGGUGGCCUUAUUCACGCCAUGGGUUCGGGCACGAUUGUGAGCUGCGCCGCAGUCAACGGCGGCGGCGGGAGUAUGAAGAGCUGCGUGCUGUCGUCAACCUUUGCCUUCUUCCUUUCUUCAUUCCUUGUAUUGGGAUCGAUUGCCACCUUGUACGCUUGGUUUAUCAUUACUCCUCAUGUCCCUACGACUCUCUCACCUCUUGGCUGUCAAGACGACAAUGAGGGCUCCUGGUCUAUCGGUGUCUUCUACGGCGACUCACCCUUUUCUCUCAAACCUAUCGAAUCUGUGAAUCAAUGGAGAGAUGAGAGUGCCGCCUGGCCUGUGGCCAACCCAGUCCUCACUUGUGCUUCAGUUUCUAAUGCCGGUUUCCCUAGUAAUUUUGUUGCCGACCCUUUUCUUUAUGCUCAGGGAGAUGCCCUUUACCUAUUUUUCGAAACCAAGAAUUCAAUCACCAUGCAAGGAGACAUUGGAGUUGCAAGAAGUAUUGAUAAUGGAGCGACAUGGCAACAAUUGGGCAUUGCUUUAGAUGAAGACUGGCAUCUCUCCUAUCCAUAUGUCUUCGAUUACAAUGGCCAAGUUUACAUGAUGCCGGAGGGCAGUGCCACAGGGGACCUCCGUCUAUAUCGAGCAGUGAACUUUCCUUUGAAAUGGACACUGGAGAAGAUCAUCAUGAAAAAGCCCCUUGUCGAUGCAUUUAUCAUAAACCGUGAUGGAAAGUUUUGGCUUUUUGGUUCAGAUCACAGUGGUAUCGGCACCAAGAAGAAUGGACAGCUCGAAAUCUGGUACAGUAGCUCGCCAUUCGGUCCUUGGAAAGCACACAAGAACAAUCCUAUCUAUAACACAGAUAAGAGCAUGGGGGCUCGGAACGGUGGCAGACCGUUUGUCCACAAUGGAAACCUCUAUCGCAUUGGCCAAGACUGUGGCGAGACAUAUGGUAAACGAGUACGUCUUUUCAAAGUGGAAAUUCUUACCAAAGACAAGUUCAGAGAAGUCGAAGUUCCAUUGGGCUUAGAAGAGCCAAAGAAGGGUGUGAACGCGUGGAAUGGGGCCCGGCACCAUCAUCUUGAUGUGCAACUGCUAGAUUCCGGGAAGUGGAUAGCGGUUAUGGACGGGGACCGAGUUCCCUCAGGAGACGCAACUCGUCGAUUUAUUUUGGGAUGUGCAUCGUUUUUAGCUGUCGCUGCCCUUGUUAUACUUAUUGGUUUGCUGCUUGGCACGGUGAAGUGCCUUAUCCCUUUGAGUUGGUGCCCGCACAAUAUGAAAAAGAGAAGCGACGCUUUUUUGGCUUGGGAGAGAUCGAACUUGUUUUCUUCUAAAUUAAGACAAUUUUGUAGUCGGUUGAAUAGGUCGAGUUCUUUCCUCCGUGGAAGAAUAAAGCGAAAUACUUGCAGCGGGAAGUUGGUACUCGGUUUUAUAUUUUUCGUUGGAGUGGCAUUAAUGUGCUCUGGGGUGAGGUAUAUGUGCGGAGGCAAUGGGGCACAAGAACCCUACCCAUUGAACGGUCACUAUUCGCAGUUUACGAUGCUAACAAUGACUUACGAUGCUCGGCUUUGGAAUCUGAAAAUGUAUGUGAAGCAUUAUUCGAGGUGUUCUUCAGUGCGUGAGAUUGUUGUGGUAUGGAACAAAGGAAACCCUCCAGAAUUAGAUGAGUUUGACUCGGCAGUGCCAGUGAGGAUCAGAGUAGAGAAUCAGAACUCGCUGAAUAACCGGUUCAAGAUGGACCCCAUGAUAAAGACCCGUGCAGUUCUUGAGCUAGACGACGACAUUAUGAUGCCAUGUGAUGAUCUCGAACGAGGUUUUAAGGUAUGGCGUGGGCACCCGGAUCGUAUCGUGGGGUUCUACCCCCGGUUCAUCAAUGGACCCCGCCUUAGAUACCGAGGAGAGAAAUAUGCCCGCAGGCAUAAAGGGUAUAAUGUGAUUCUGACGGGGGCGGCUUUUGUUGACAGUACAGUCGCUUUCCAAAGAUAUUGGAGUGCGGAAGCCAAGGCGGGGAGGGAAAUGGUAGACAAGAACUUUAAUUGUGAGGAUGUGUUGUUGAACUACUUGUAUGCCAAUGCGAGCUCGUCCAAGACUGUAGAAUAUGUGAGACCAACAUGGGCAAUUGAUACGUCCAAGUUUUCCAGUGUCGCCAUUAGCCGGAACACGCACGAGCAUUACCGGGUAAGAAGUAAUUGCCUCGUGAAAUUUGCAGAAAUGUACGGCAGUUUGACGCAGCGGAAAUCUGAAUUCAACCGCCGGAAGGACGGUUGGGAUGUAUAGUAUGGUAUAGAAAUUUUAGCAGAAAGCAGGUCACAAUACUCACUUCUCUUUUUUUUUUUUUGGGGUAUAAAUUUUGGUUUAUUUUCCUUGUAAACUUAUAUUUUUCUUCUUCCUCCUGUUGUGAAUUUUUGGAGGUUUGGUCAGUAUAAUGUACAUUGGUCUGGUUGGGAAAUUGUGCAUUUGACCUUUUUGUGGUUUAGAAGAGAUUGGAAUGGAAACAGAGUAUGAUUCUGUGAUGGGUUUGGAGGUUGGAUUUGGAGAGAAUUUGUGGAGAGAAAAAAAAAAGGAGGAGAAUUUGAAAAUAAAAUAAAAUUGUUAGUGUAUAUUUCAUUAUAUUUUAUUCAA